CUGUAGAAGCAAAAAGUUGACUCGACUCUGUCCCAGCUCCGCGUCACACUCCUCUACACUUGGUGGCAGUAAUGCACUCAAACGACGUUUGUCUACCAUGAGUAAACGUCUAAAAGCAGAACGAAGAAGAGACUGCUCAGCAGCUGUAUGUGUGUAUGUGUGUGUAGAUGUGUAGAUGUGUAGUGAAAAACAAGUGGGGAUCGGACAGCCCUGACUCACUUUACUUCUGAAGAAGGCCAGCAGAGUAAGAACUCACGAUGCCUGCGGUCUCUAAAGGAGACGGGAUGCGAGGUCUGGCCGUGUUUAUCUCUGACAUCAGGAACUGUAAAAGUAAAGAGGCAGAAAUUAAAAGAAUAAACAAGGAACUUGCCAACAUCCGCUCCAAAUUCAAAGGAGACAAGGCCCUAGAUGGUUACAGUAAGAAAAAAUACAUCUGCAAGCUGCUCUUCAUCUUCCUCCUGGGCCAUGACAUCGACUUUGGACACAUGGAGGCUGUCAACCUGCUCAGCUCCAACAAGUACACAGAAAAGCAGAUAGGUUAUCUCUUUAUCUCAGUGUUGGUGAACUCAAACAGUGACCUGAUCCGCCUCAUCAACAACGGCAUUAAGAAUGACCUCUCCAGCCGCAACCCCACCUUCAUGAACCUGGCUCUGCACUGCAUUGCCAACGUAGGCAGCAGGGAAAUGGCCGAGGCCUUCGCUUCUGAAGUCCCACGAAUCCUGGUGGCAGGAGACACUGUGGACAGCGUGAAGCAGAGUGCAGCACUGUGUCUGCUGAGACUCAACAGGACAUCUCCUGACCUGGUCCCCAUGGGUGAAUGGACAGCACGAGUUGUGCAUCUGCUCAAUGAUCAGCACCUGGGUGUGGUCACUGCAGCCACCAGCCUCAUCACCACUCUGGCUCUGAAGAGUCCUGAUGACUUCAAAACUUCGGUCUCACUCGCCAUCGCCCGUCUCAGCAGAAUUGUGACCUCUGCCUCCAUCGAUCUUCAGGACUACACGUACUAUUUUGUUGCUGCCCCCUGGCUGUCUGUCAAGCUGCUGCGCCUAUUGCAGUGCUACCCUCCCCCUGAGGACGCAGCGUUACGAAGUCGACUCACAGAGUGCCUGGAGACCAUCCUCAACAAAGCCCAGGAGCCGCCCAAGUCCAAGAAGGUUCAGCACUCUAACGCAAAGAAUGCCGUCCUGUUUGAAGCCAUCGCCCUCAUCAUUCACCAUGACAGUGAGCCCACCCUGUUGGUACGGGCCUGCAACCAGUUAGGUCAGUUCCUGCAACACAGGGAGACCAACCUUCGCUACUUGGCCUUAGAGAGUAUGUGCACGUUGGCCAGCUCAGAGUUUUCACAUGAGGCAGUGAAGACACAUAUGGAAACUGUGAUCAAUGCCCUGAAGACAGAGCGAGAUGUUAGCGUACGUCAACGGGCCGUUGAUCUGCUCUACGCAAUGUGUGACCGCAGCAAUGCUAAGCAGAUUGUGGCAGAGAUGCUAAGCUACCUGGAAACUGCUGACUACUCAAUCAGAGAGGAAAUAGUGUUGAAGGUGGCCAUCUUGGCAGAAAAAUAUGCUGUGGACUACACCUGGUAUGUGGACACCAUCCUGAACCUGAUCCGCAUAGCAGGUGACUACGUCAGUGAAGAGGUCUGGUAUCGCGUCAUUCAGAUUGUCAUAAAUCGUGACGAUGUCCAAGGCUACGCUGCCAAGACGGUCUUUGAGGCGCUACAGGCCCCAGCCUGCCAUGAGAACCUGGUGAAGGUCGGUGGUUACAUACUGGGAGAGUUUGGAAACCUGAUUGCUGGUGACUCACGCUCCAGCCCUCUGGUCCAGUUCAACCUCCUUCACUCCAAGUUCCAUCUCUGCUCCGUACCAACUCGGGCACUGCUGCUGUCCGCCUACAUCAAAUUCAUCAAUUUGUUUCCAGAAAUUAAAGCCACCAUCCAGGAUGUCCUGCGCUCCGACAGUCAACUCCGCAACGCAGACGUGGAGCUUCAGCAGAGAGCUGUGGAGUACCUGAGGCUGAGCUGCAUCGCCAGCACCGACAUAUUGGCCACUGUCUUAGAAGAGAUGCCUCCUUUCCCUGAGAGGGAGUCGUCAAUUCUGGCCAAGCUGAAAAGGAAGAAGGGCCGAGGAAACUUGCCUGACAUCGAUGAAGCCAGAAAGAAUGUCAAUGUGAACGGCAAUGGCAACUCUGAGCCCAGUGACAAAAUUGAGGCCACAAACAAGUCUUCUCCUCCACUAGUGGCCGACCUUCUCCCAACCAACAGGCCCCGCCCUGUCUCUUCUUCAACCUUCAUGUUUUCUCCUGGCUCCACGGUUUCCAGUCCUUCUUUCACUGACCUGCUGAAUCUCAACUCAACCCCUUCAGCAGGCAACACUCUGCUGGUCGAUGUCUUUUCUGACAAUUCAACCUUUUCAGCCACAGAAGUGUCGGAGGAAAACUUUGCAAGGUUCAUUUGUAAGAACAAUGGCGUCAUCUAUGAGAAUCAGCUUCUGCAGAUUGGUCUAAAGUCUGAGUACAGACAGAACCUGGGACGAAUGUACGUAUUCUAUGGGAACAAGACGUCGACACAGUUCCUCAACUUCUCUACAUCAGUGACAAGUACUGAUAUUCUGAGGACUCAGCUAAAUAUCCACGCCAAGACUGUAGACCCGGUCAUUGAGGGCGGGGCUCAGGUACAACAGAUCCUCAACAUCGAAUGUUUGUCAGGUUUCACAGACACGCCAGUGCUCAACGUCCAGUUCAGAUACGGUGGAAUGAUGCAAAACAUCUCCCUGAAACUGCCAGUGAUGCUGAACAAGUUUUUUCAGCCCACAGAGAUGAGUUCACAGGACUUCUUUCAACGCUGGAAACAGCUGGGGGCGCCUCAGCAAGAGGUUCAAAAAAUCUUCAAGUCCAAACACCCAAUGGAUGCAGAAGUUACCAAGGCCAAGAUCAUAGGCUUUGGUGUUGCACUGCUAGAAGGCGUUGAUCCCAAUCAGGAAAACUUUGUUGGAGCUGGAGUCAUUCAUACCAAGAGCAUUCAGGUGGGCUGCCUCCUACGGCUGGAGCCCAAUGUACAAGCACAGAUGUACCGACUGACCCUCAGGACCAGCAAAGACUCCGUCUCCCAGAGACUGUGUGACCUUCUCUCUGAACAGUUUUAGUUUUUAUUCUUCUUAGACUGGAACCUAUGGACUGUACUUUGUACACUGUUUUUUUAUCAUUGUUCUGCUCAUUUUUCCACAUACAGCUUUACUAAACCCAGUGUGUCAGUUGAUGUAUGUGUGUGUGGAGGUGGUGAAUACUGCAGUUGACCCUAUUUAUGUUAUGCUUCUUACUAUGUCUGAGAAUGUUUAGGACUCGGAAAGUGUUUUCCAGCCAUGUCCUGAUGAUGAUGAUGUCGAGAGGUGACGUGUGUCACUGCUCUGACUGUUUUUUUCUUUAGCCUUCAUGUGGUCACAAAAGCUUUAAUGUUUGGACUUGCGGUGAUGAAUAUCAUAUUUAAAAAUGUACCUGUGAGUAAAUACAAGACACAUAAAAUACUCACCUAAUGUGAGGCAGCACAGUGGCAGCUAACAGAACGGCUACAGCUGCCUGAAGACUAAAAGUCACAUCUAAAUGGUUUGUCCUUAGCUUCAGUUCAGUCAAACCCAGAAAGCUGCAUUUCCACUACAUUGCACCGAUGACUUUGUCUCGAACAAUUUUUACUGACUAAAUGAAUCAUUUCAGUGUUCAUUUACAGUCAAAACCCAAAGACUGUGAACAGAGUGCCACAAUUUCACCAAAUCAUGUUGUUUAAGACCAAGCGGCAUAAAAGCACUGCCAAAACGAUUUUUUAAAAGAGCCUGCCCUCUUGUGGUAGAGCAAGCACAUGUCUGUCCUGUAAAAAGACUGCAAGUAGGCAGAUAUUAUUACUAUUUAACGGUUGCAUUUAUUAAAGAAUGUGCAACUCUGCAAAAACUAUUUUCCCAAACAAAGAGGGACUUCCUUCCCAACCCCCUCCCUUUCAUGUGGCCUGAAAUAACAGGUGUGAAUAUUUCUGACCCAUUCAGAUAACUCAGGACAUCAUGGUGUCUUUUUCACAUUUGUGCCUUUAAACACUGCAGUUCUUUGUCACAAGCUAAAACAAAAUACUUUUAUAUUCAAAGACUGGUCAUCGUUCUAUAUUUCAGCAGCAUAUGGUACACUUUCUGACUUUUAUAAAAAUGUAUAUUUUCAAUCACAACACUUGUCUCUACUUUGUCUAAACGCUAACUUCAACCUCACUGCCAUUACAUCUUAAGCUGCUCUGUCUACUGAUAGUCCAUCUUAGUCGGAUAAAAACUUUUAAAUACGUUUAAGUGUGACAUAUUUUACAGUGGACGCAUCUUGGCCUGAGACUUGUGCUGUGAUAAAAGUGCCGACUUGUUCUCUUCUGAAUGAUCAUCAUUAAACAUGUUUGUUUACUCUCAUGUUGUUGAAUAUGAGGCUCAACAAAUAAAAAAGGGAUACAUGA